UUAUGUUGUAUUAUGUGGGAGUUGCCGAAAAUUAUCGUCGGACGGCCGACGAGGGUCGGUCGUAUACAUGUUGUUCGCACAUCGCGGGCGCAGGGUACCGGCGGAGAUGCAGGACAUGCGGUACAGUGCUGCGAGUAAUCUGUACCCGCAACAAGUAAGUCGUUGGCGAUGUACGUACACACGCCAACACUCAGCUACGCGCGCGCUAGCGUGCAGUAUAGCACGCCAAUGGCCUCGGCAGUGCCCAGUCGGCGGCCCGAGUGCCCAGCAUCGCAGGGGUCGCGCGGCAGCGCCCCGCAUGAGGCCAGUCAUGGUUGUCCAGCGCCGGUAUGCGUUCGAUAACCCUCAGCUGCACGUUGUGAUGAACGGGAUCACACGACUCCUUUCCAUCGGUGGCCGAGUAUUGACCGCCGACGCGUUCGUUCUCGAGAUGAAGGAUUUUGAUCUUAUUCUCGGGAUGGAUUGGCUUUCUUUCUAUUAUGCUGAUAUCAGGUGCCAUGACCGGGAGAUUACCCUCUAUCUUCCGGGAGACGAGUCGAUUACUUUCUUCGGCUCCAAGAACC